CUGAACGUCCGGCAUGAAAGCGUACGCGCCGACGGACCUCGAUGUCCUGGCCGCUAUCGUGUUGGGAUGGAUGGUCUAUCAGGUGCUCAGAACGGUCUGGAGACAGCAUUUUAGACGAGCACUUGACCUGACAACGUGGUCGAAAGAUACUAUCCGGGUGGAAAGGAUUUUGUGUUAUCCCAUCAAAAGUGCUCGAGGGAUAGAUCUUCAGGAGGCUGAACUCGGGGCUACUGGCUUGCAGUACGAUCGACAAUGGGCUAUCCUGGACAAAAAGACGCUCAGAGGCGUAACCGGUGCCAACACGCCACAGACCGUUCUUGUUCAACCCUCUAUCAACAGAACCCGCAGAACACUUGAGGUGUGCAUCCCAUCCCGGCCAGACCUCCCAUCCUUCUCGGUCCCACUUGCACCACCUGCAUCGACCAGCGCAGGUUGGGCGAAGGUCCGUGUCAACAAACCAGAUAGAACGUCCGCCGGAGAGGGUUAUGAUGCUCUUAUUCCCAGCGAAGAGGCUAACGACAUCUUGAGCCAAUUCUUUGAGCGCGACUGUAUUCUCGUUAUGAAAGGACCGGAAAUGCGCCUAAGUCUUGCGGACCCAGAUGGCACGGGAAGCGAGCAGCUGCAAUGGCAAGACAAGCACCACUUCCUGAUCACAUCUGUCGAAUCGUGCCGUGACGUUCUCGGGCGAACAUUGGCCAUUGCGCGAAACGCGGAUCCGACGCAAAGGCCGGGCGGGUUUGAUGUUGACCGCUGGGGCACCGAACAGGACGAAAAGCUGUUUAUGGAACGUUUCCGGCCGAAUAUCGUUGUCUCCGGAGUAACCAAGCCAUUCGCGGAAGAUGCGUGGGCCAAGGUCUCCGUCGGGGGUGUUACCAUGACGGUGGUAUCCCGCUGCGACCGGUGUAUAUUCACAACCGCUGAUCUUGCCUCCGGAGAAUAUGACAAAGCGGUGCCUCUGAAGGUCAUGCAGCCGUACCGACGAGUGGACUCAGGAUCGAAAUACUCACCUUGCUUUGGGGUAUAUGCCAAGAUGGACAAUGACUAUCCUCGAACUAUCCGCGUGCAAGAUGUUGUGGAGGUGCUAAGGGAGGGUAAACACACUAUCGUUGCCCCGCCAUUCUAUGUGGGAGGCUGACUCCAGUAGUAAACGUUCUCGGCCUCCGACUCAAAAGUUCGAGGUUCACUCAGCGUGUGGGGGCAGCUGGCAUCGUCAUUGCUCAGAACCAUGUUCACCAGUGACUGCCAAUAAAUAACAUCGAAGAGGCAGGUCCCUGUGGCUUCCCGGAAGCGUCAGGAACCUCUGGUGAUCUGAAGGCGUCCGACUUUCCUCAACCUCGGUGACUUCAGUGGUGAAGGGGCUACCGAU